CUGCGAAGUGGAUGGAUCUAGGUUUACGUUCCUGUACACCUGUCGAUGAGAGUAGAUUGUGCUCUGCAGGCUUCAUAUAACAUCUGUCAUUUGCUGUGUCGGACUUUGUAGACCUUUGGAUCUUCAGAUGUGCCAAGACAAGUCCUGGGGAGGGGAGGUGGGGUGUGACCAGGUCCUGUAUGGGGAAGUCCUUCUACUGACUGCAGGGCGGGAUCAGCUCUGACAUUAAAUGUAUCAGUCGUAUAGAGCUUUACUUUCUGGCUCCUCUGCUCCUCUUCUCUGCCAGCAACCUAUGGGUAGUCACUCCACCAAUAUGAGGGUCAAGCUGCCCCUCUUCUGCCUCCUGCUUGAAGCCAUCACCAUCAUCCUCUUCGCCGUCUUCGUCAGGUAUGACCACGAAACGGACGCCAGCGCUUGGCAUCACGAAAACGUCUCUGACUACCAGAAUGAUUUUUACUAUCGUUAUGCAAGUUUCCAAGAUGUCCACACCAUGAUCUUCAUUGGCUUCGGCUUUCUGAUGACUUUCCUUAAGUGUUAUGGUUUCAGCAGCGUGGCUUUCAACUUUCUCAUUGCAUCCUUUGGUCUCCAGUGGUCAACUCUCAUCCAAGGAUUCUUCCAUGGCUUCCACAAUGGAAAAAUCCACGUUGGUAUAGAGAGUAUGAUCAAUGCAGACUUCUGCACCGGAGCUGUUCUCAUCUCCUUUGGAGCUCUCCUUGGCAAGACGAGUCCAGUCCAGCUGAUCGUCAUGACUCUGUUUGAAGUGACACUCUUUGGAAUCAAUGAGUACAUAAUUCUGAACAUUGUUGGGGCCAAGGAUGCUGGGGGCUCGAUGACCAUCCAUACAUUUGGAGCUUACUUUGGCCUGGUGGUAUCUCGCGUUCUAUACAGGCCUCACCUGGAGAAGAGUCGUCACAGGGAAGGAUCUGCCUAUCACUCCGACCUCUUCGCCAUGAUCGGAACCAUUUAUUUGUGGAUGUUUUGGCCGAGCUUCAAUUCCGCCAUCACAGCCCAUGGGGAUGACCAGCACCGAACAGUGUUGAACACCUACUACUCUCUAGCUGCCUGUACACUGGCCACAUUCGCCUUGUCAUCCCUGCUGAAUGGGGAAGGGAAGCUAGAUAUGGUUCACAUCCAGAAUGCAGCAUUGGCGGGGGGUGUUGCAGUGGGAACCUCUGCAGAAAUGAUGUUGACUCCCUUUGGCGCUAUGAUUGCUGGGAGUUUCGCUGGUAUUAUUUCAACUCUUGGAUACAAAUUUUUGACACCAAUACUAGACUCCAAGCUGAAAAUUCAGGACACAUGUGGGGUCCACAACUUACAUGGCAUGCCUGGCAUCUUGGGGGCACUGAUAGGAGUUAUAGUGGCCUUUACAGCAACUGCUGAUAUCUAUGGGGGAGGAAUGAGUGACGUCUUCCCCUUAAUUGCGGACACGACGCGCACAGCCAAGUCUCAGGCCAUGUAUCAGGGUCUGGCACUCCUGGUCGCUCUGGGAUUUGCUCUGGUUGGGGGAAUUAUUGUAGGAUUUAUAUUGAAAUUAUCCAUCUUUGGAGCUCCAUCUGAUGCCGAAUGCUUUGAUGAUUCACUGUAUUGGGAGGUUCCUGAAGAAGAAGGUCACAUUGCUGUGCGCACCGAGGAUCCUGACCAGCAGACUCAAGCAUAAUGUCACCGAGAUACCUCGGUUUUAUGAUGUGGGCUGAACUCGAGAGACUCCACAAGAGUCCAAACCUUCACCUAACAUUAAAGAUGGUGCUGCCACAUCUGGCCACAGAUGUCAUAGCUGGGAAGUGGCACAGGCGGGUUCCAACCGGGCAGAAGGAAGGUGCCUAAAUGUUGUAUGACUUCCAGGUGGUUUGGAAAGGUCAAACCUAACGCUAUUUUAAAAAACAAAAAUGUAUAUAUAUUUUUUUUUACUUUUAUCUUGUUCUAUUUGUAAUACGCUUUUCAAAGCAGAAGAUGCAUGCUAAAUGUAUACAAAAAUUUGUAGGAUAGUAUAUGAGCACAUAAUAGGUAAUGUAUGAUUGUAUGGCACUAUAGGGGACCUCUACCCCUGAUUAAUAUUGUCAAAUAUUGGGUUUGUCCUGUUGUGCACAAAUAAAUAUCCUACUACCUGGCU